CCGAAAUGCGAUGCGUCCUCACCGGAUCGCAGCAAGGCAUUUACCUGGAUUGGGUGCGCAGUGACGGCGGCUCUCUACCAGCCGACAAGGAGAUUCGCGAUGGCAUCCUCUACCUUCGCAACGUCCAACCGGACGCUGCCGGAGUCUAUUCGUGCAUCGGAAUCAGUUCGCAAGGCACUCAGAUCUUCAGCGCCGACAGGCGUCUGGAAGUCGUUGCCCCGCCACGUCUUCGUUUGGAACCACAACGUCAAGUCGUACGACCUGGCGAUCAAGUGGAAAUUCGCUGCGAGGCUUCCGGUGACCAGCCCAUUACCAUCAACUGGUACAAAAUGGAUGGCGUUUUGCCACCGGCCGUUCUCGUCAACAACGGCCAAUUACAGUUCCGAGGUAUCGCCGUUUCCGAUGCGGGUCGUUACGUCUGCGCGGCUCGCAACUCGGUCGGCCAGGCUGAAGCCGUAGCUGAAGUCAUCGUCAACGAGGAUCGAGUUGUUAGUGGGACGACUGGCGGCCAGCGCCAGACUGACGUCUACAUCGGUAGCACGGUGGAGCUGAGCUGCAACUUGGCGGCUGGAACAACUGGCCGUAUCCAAUGGAGCCGCGAUCGAGGUCUUUUGCCACCCACCGCCUUCAAGACGGCCGAAAACAAAUUGGAAUUGACGAACGUGCAGCCGAGCGACGCUGGACGUUACCUGUGCGAAGUGACUGGACGCCAAGGAACAUCAUCCGAAUACGUUCUUCUCAAUGUCAAAACGGCAAACGCGACGUGCGCCCAUAAUGAGUUCCAAUGCAAGGACGGCCAGUGCCUCAAGAAUUCGACGCGUUGUAACCAGAAAAUUGAUUGCAAAGACAAGUCCGACGAGCUCAACUGUUUUAUCGGAUACAAAACUCGCAAAAUACGCGGAGCGCCCACGUUGGCCGUCAGCCUCACACCCAACAAGGAGUCGGUCCGUCGUGGCGACAAUUUAGAAGUGCGAUGCGAAGUGACUGGCGAUCCUUCAGCCUUGGUCUCAUGGCGUCGCAUCGGCGGCUCUCUGUCGCGCAACGUUCAAGUGCUCGGCAACCUUCUCAGAGUGACGGAUGUCAAACCGGAGAAUGGCGGCGUGUAUCGCUGUCAGGUGCUCAGCACGGCCGGCACGUUCGAGGAGAAUUACGUCCUCUCUAUACAAACCGAUAAUGAAAUGCCACAUAAUGACGAAAUCGCAGUGGAAACGCGCACCGUCUCCGUCCAGUCUGCCGUCAUGAUGGAAUGCCGCACGGACUUGCGUCAACCCGUCAAAUACACGUGGUCACGUCAAGGAGGCAUCCUUCCCAAAUCCGCCAGAGUCGAAGGCUCGAAAUUAUCGAUCCCCGAAGUUCGAGCCGAAGACGCCGGCACGUACGUCUGCACGGCUCGCAAUGCGGAAGAAACGAUGGAUCUGCCGACCGUGUUGGUCGUGACGGGAGUGGUGCCUUACUUCGCCCAGGCUCCGCUUUCCUACAUGCAAAUGCCCACCUUACCCAACGCUUACAUGGAAUUCGACAUUGAAAUCUCCUUCAAACCGGAGUCGCCCGAUGGCCUCAUCCUCUACAACGGCCAACAGGCCGGCGGCAGUGGCGACUUCAUUUCAUUCGGCCUCAACAAUGGCUACCCCGAGUUCCGUUUCGACGUCGGCGCCGGCCCGGCCAUCAUGAAAUCAGACAAAGCCAUCGACAUGGGCAAGUGGCACACCGUCAAACUGUCCCGCAAUCGCAAAAACGGCUCCAUGACCGUCGACGAAGAUGGCGGCACUUUCCACGGCUCAGCCACUGGCCGCUUCCUCGGGCUCGAUCUGAUCGAGCCCCUCUACAUCGGCGGCGUGCCCAACAUCCGAUCCAUCCACAAACUGGCCGGAUUCUCACGUGGCUUCGUCGGCUGCAUCGGCCGUUUGGUGGUCGGCUCUUCGGCCCACGAACUCGUCCGCGACGCGACCAACAGUCGCGGCAUCACCACGUGCGAAACGUGCGCCCUCAAUCCGUGCGAGAACGGCGGAGUGUGCCAAGAGGCCUACACCCAGCAGGGCUACACGUGCAUCUGCCCGUCGGGCUUCUCGGGACUGAAUUGCGACAAGAUCGGCGAGACUUGCUACCCGGGUGCGUGCGGUAUGGGUCGUUGCGUCAACAUGGCCGGCGGAUUCGAGUGUCAAUGUCCGCUCGGUAAGACGGGCAUGAAUUGCGAGAAGGAGAUCAUCAUCUACGAGCCAGCCUUCACGGAAGGAUCUUUUAUCGCGUAUCCCACCCCGCCGAAGAACGCGCUCAGAAAGAUGCGGAUGUCGAUGCGGAUCAAGCCGAGGCAAAUCAAGGAUUCCCUGCUGGCCUAUUGCGCUCAAACUGAAGAGGGACAAGGCGAUUUUUCGUCGCUGGCCAUCAAAGACAAGCGGGUCGAGUUCCGAUUCGAUUCCGGAUCGGGUCCAGCCAUUUUGAGGAGCGAUCGCGAAAUACGAGCCGGCGAGUGGGUUCAAAUAACGGCAGAUCGCAGCUUCCGCGACGGUGUUUUGUUCGUCAACGACGGGUCGGAGGUGCGCGGAAAGUCGCCCGGCUCCACGCGCGGACUCAACCUCAACACCCGUCUCUUUGUCGGCGGAUGGGAUCGCCAACACGUCCGUCUCAGCCCCGGUGUCAACGUCACCAGCUCCUUUGACGGAUGCCUGUCGCAAUUCGAAGUUCAAGGCAUGGAAUUGGAUCUGGUGAAUUCCGUCAUCGAUUCGGCCAAUGUCGAGGACUGCGGAGGCGCCAGCGCCUGCGAGCGCAAACCCUGCGCCAACGGCGGCCUGUGCACGGAGACGGGCUCGAGUCUGACCGACUACACGUGCCAGUGCGAGGAGGGUUUCAGCGGCAAGAGUUGCGAAAUCGAAGCCGAUUUGUGCCAGGUGAUUCGACCGUGCCAAAAUGGCGGCAGCUGUAUCGGCACUUAUAACGCCUACAAAUGCAAUUGCCCCAUGGGCUGGGGCAGCAAUUGCGAACGCAACGUCGAUGUAGCCGAAGAGGCCUUCUUCCAGGGCGACAGUUAUGUGGAAAUGGACAAAGCUCUCUUUCCUCACGCAUCGUCCAACACGGCCGAAACGAUCACCGUCGAAUUCUCUACAUUGGAGCCCAAUGGCAUCCUCAUGUGGCACGGACAAAAGCCCGAAACGAUUAGCCGCGGCCAAGAUUUCGUCUCGCUAACAGUGGUGGACGGUCGACUGGAGUUUAGCUACGAAUUGGGGUCGGGCCCUGUUCAGAUAAUUACGCCCGUUCGAGUUGAUGACGGGAAACGGCAUCGCGCUGUGGCCCGUCGCACGGCCCGCGACGGAUCUCUCGAAUUGGAUGGAGUCAUCCUGGAGAACGGCCGCAGUCCGGAAGGACCUCAUCAAAUCUUAAACACCAAGGGCAACAUUUACGUCGGUGGCCUACCCAAUGCCGAAGCUAUGACAACCGGCCGUUACAUCCACGGCCUGAAAGGUUGCAUCCAUCACUUGGAAAUUCAAGAAUCGGGAGUCAUCAAUUUCCAACGAGCGGCCCUUUCAGCCAUCAACGUCGUUCCUUGUUCAAGACGCAUGUCGAUGAUGCCGUCCUCCCUGGUUCUCAGCCGAGGCGGAGCUCAUUCGAAUUCCACUUUCGUCGAAAUGGGCAACGAACAUCAUCAAAGUUAUUACACGGCCGAUUCAGACGAAUCCGGCCGACGUUCGAAAACUUAUAAAACCGGCGGCGGUACUAAGGCGGGCGGCAAAAUUCAAAUCGUUAAUAACAACGGCCAGCGAGACGUGCUGAGACCGAAAUCUCGAACAGCCGCAUCGUCGUCUCCGCCGACAGCCGGACACUCGUUUUUGUAUCAAACAGCUCUGCUCGCCGUUGUUUGCCAGUUUAUCGUUUUUUUCGUUUGACUUGAAUUUUUUUUUUUUGCUCGGACCUUCCAUAGACUCGGUUCAUAAUUUUUGCGGGGGGAGGGUUUGUUAUUAGCCGAUGCGAAUCAUUAAAUGUCUAUAUAUUAUUCAUGGCCCUCUCCUUGCUCGUCCGUCCACGACGGUCUAUUGAUCUUUGUUAUAGUACUGCUGCUUAGACUGCAAAAUAAUGCGGUGCGGGCUACUGAAGUAAUGGAGUUCACGUAGGUCUCUCUUCUGAUACGUAUUCGCAUCCGGCCCUAAUGUUUCAGGGGCCGUUCGUCGAUCGACGACAACCCUCCCGUCUAGGACGACGAAAUUGCAUUUGAAAUCCUCUUUCCUUCUCUCGUCUUCUCUGCGAAAUUGUAUAACUUUCUCUGUUUUUCUUUCAUUUCCAUCCAAUCGGUCGAUUGAUUUGCUUCGCUUUUUUUUGGUUUUAAAAAGUAUU